UCCUGCUCAUGGUCCAGUAAACAUUGUGAGAUAUGUUCAAACAUUUUUUCGUGGUGGUUGUUACAGUUUUUGCUGUUCUUUUUCUGCUCGGCAUUUAUAAUAUCAAUAUAGAGGUUGAGCCCAAUGCAUGCCAAAUGACAUACAUGUUUGAAAAACCACAAUUUAUGCGCCUAAUCUCAAAAAUGCCAAAUUUUGAGUUGACUCGUUUGAAGACGGUGUGCGAUGACAUACUGUAUGAUUAUCAAAAAUGGAAUGUCAUGUUCGUCAAGGGUUCAGUCUUCUUUCUCCUGUUGUUCGUCGCCGAAUUAAGGUUGCCAUCGAACUGUUUUCAGCGUGGUCGCCACAGUGCUGCCCCAGACUUUACGUCCUAAAUCGGACGGGAAGUUUGAUUUUUCGACCCUGCCGUGUUGUGGGAAUUAGGGAUGCCAAAAUAUCAGGAAAAUUGUGAUCCCGGGAUUCAAAUUGAGUCAUAAACUUUAUGAAUAUGAGUAAAAAUUCAAUAACUGAGAGCAUUUAAACAUGUCAU